UGAGCCUGUCUAUGCUACCAGCUUUUGAAACACACACACACAUUCACUUUUCCCCGCCCUUUUUCUCUCUCCUCAUUUCUCCGACUAUCAGAAUUUCGCCGGUGACAAUUUUCUCUCUCCUCAAAUUCAUUUUCCGGUACCGGAAGUAAUUCAACGUCGAAAUCCGGCGGAAUUUCGAAUGUGUUUAGUGGAUUUGCAAUUUGAAGAAUCAUUGCUUCAAAAGUUGAAGCUAGAAGAUCCAUGGCUUCCUCCUAAACCUUGGGAGUCUGUUCCUUCCGAGAGUGGCCCGUCGAUUUCUCCCCCCUUAAAUUCUGCUUCCUUUCAUGGAUGUCUCUAUGAUAUUUCGUCCGUUUCUGAGGCAAGCUUGGUGCGUUUGGUGAUGAAUGCAUUGCAAGGUGUGCAGUCAGCAGUUGUAAGUAUUGAGCAGCUCUCAGCAUUACUAUGUGAGGAUCCUGCAGACCGAUCUGGUCAUCGAAUUCCUACUCUUUGGAAUAGGUCUUUGAGCACAUGUGCUUUGGGAAAGAUGCUGAAAUCUAUUGGCUUUUCUGGCUCCCUGGUUAUUCUUCUCCACAAGUUUGUGGAUUAUUUUACCAAUUCAAGUUGUGCUGGAGGUAUGAUGGAGAAAGGACAAGCAAAACCUGGAUCAGCAGGGGAGCUUAUCAAUGAUGCUAAUGAAGCUAAUGAUGUGGUUUAUCCUUCACAAAGUCUUGUGAAUCAGGCAUUUGCAGUUGCUGUCAGAACAGUGUUGGAAGGAUAUUUAUGUGCAUUGGAUACAUUAAAUACGUCAGUGAAUUUGAGGCGUUCCUUUAAUGAUGUCAAAUCAGCGUUGGAAGCUUUACGACAAGGUAGUUUCACAAAUAUCUCACAUUCUGAAGUUACCCUCCUGGAGACUUAUCUGCACACUAAAGAAUUGAGGACCCAAAUUGAGGUGCUUGGGCAUCUUUGCCAUUUAAGUGAUUCAGCUCGUUGCUUCUCAGUGACUUCGUUUGAGGAUGCGAUUGCCAAAGCAAAUACAGAGAUCCAAAACUUUUUUAGGGGAGGGAAUUUGCUCACUUAUCUGUAUAGACAACUGAAGGUUGUCGAUCCGGCUCACUGCAGUCUGCUCAAGUUCCUUUUUCUGCAGUCACUUGAACCAUACUGUAGAUUUAUUAGAUCAUGGAUUUAUGAGGCCAAGAUUAGUGACCCGUAUGGCGAGUUUGUAGUAGAAUAUUCAGCAGAUCCUCCACCUUACUCACAUGGUAAAGCUGGCAUCCCUAUUGACUUCCCAUUGGCAUCUGUUAGGGAGCAAGAUGGCGUUGCUAUUCCUUGUUUUCUUAGCAAUGUCUUGGUUCCAUUGCUGAGAGCAGGCCAGCAACUGCAAAUGGUAAUGAAAUUGCUUCGACUUUGCAAUUAUGUUCAUGCCGGAGAAGAUACAUUUGAAGAUAUCCUUCCAUUCUCAAGGGGUUUCUGCAGUAGUGAACUUUUCAGUUCUCCAUUAAGUUUUAACAAAGGAAAAAUAGAAGCCAUUGUACACUCGAGGAAGAAUUUCUACAGCAAGAUGCAUGAGAAACUUGAUAAAUUUGUGGACACUUUAGACAUCAAGUUUCGUCAGGUAGUUUUGCAUGACACAAGUUAUAGUGAAGGAAAUAUAGAUGCUCAAUAUUCUUCUGAGACAUUGGAUUUUUCUUUGGCUGCAGAGAAAAGAGACUUAAAUGAGGAUUCAGAGGUCUCUAGCAUGGAGGAGGAAUUCUCUUAUGCACUGGAUCCUCUGGAGUCUUCUGAAUGUUCGUCAAUUGAUGCUUCAGAUGAGCAAAAUGAUGCUGCACAACCUCUUGACCUUCAUGAUAGUUUAGCAUUGUCCAAACCAGAUUGUCUAUCUUCUUUGUACUUUUUUAACCUCUCCUCUGGCAAAGCUUUGGAAGAGGUUCCUCAAGUUAAGCAAUCAUCCACUGUGUGCAAUGACUCCAUAAAUCCUUGCUAUGGGGAAACAUUUAUCAGGAAAAAUGAUGCUUCUUGCGCAGAGCUAGUGGAGCUAUCGAGACCUUGUAUAUCUGAGAUUCUAUAUGCAGAUGAAGUGCCUCCUUUAGGAUGGCCUGUAGGAGGUCUUGAUGGAAAUCCUUUAAACAUUGACCAAAGUUACAGGGAUGACAGAUUUUCGCGAUUUAGUGACAGUGAUGAGUAUAUGAACAUACCACAUAUUAGCAAGCAACCUACAACUGAGUGUAUGUUGAUGCACAACGUACGUCAGGGUCAUGACUCAUCAAGUUCAUAUCUUAUCCAAUCAUGGAAUGCUAGAUACUCCAGCAAUGUUCUCAGUAUGAACCCCAUGUUGACCAGAAAUGCUUUCAUCCAUGAUGUAAAUGAACCUAGAGAUAACUCUUCCAAAAUUAGCAAUAGUCUCCCCUGCUUUGACUUUUCUUCUGCCACUGACCCUCUUAAGAUUUAUGAGAGCAGGUCAAUUGUUGACCAAGGGCAUCAUCUCGAACAUGAACACCUUGCCUCUACUAAUAUUGAAACUUCACCAGUUGGGAAUAUGGAUGGCUGUGGAAGGACAGUGAAGGGAGAUGAUGUUCGAUCGGAUAAGGAUCAUUUGGACCAUCGUGCUGCUUCUUUGAACUCAAAGAGAAAUACUGAUGUCUGUCCGGAGCAUGCCUGUGGAGGGAGUGGUUGGCAAGUCUUGCUUCGUGGCUCUCACAGAGUAGACAAUGGUACUAAUAGAGAGCAUGAGCAUGAGCAUGGCAAAGGGGCCAUGUUCGAAAUGCCACUUGAUUUUAUCAUUGACAAAGGCCUGAUGCAAGAGAUUAUGUUACAAUAUAUCUAUGUAAGCAGGCUGAGUAUUAAAUUACUAGAAGGAGGUUUCGAUCUGAAGGAGCAUUUUCAUGCUUUGCGACGAUAUCAUUUUAUGGAAAUAGCAGACUGGGCGGAUUUGUUUGUUACAUCCCUUUGGCAUCAUAAAUGGUAUUUUACGGAGGCAGAUCAGAAGAUUCCAGAAAUUCAAGGUCUACUUGAGUCAUCAAUCCAGAGGUCUUCAUGUGAGAGAGAUCAUAAUAAAGAUCGCUUAUAUGUUUAUGUGAAAUCACAAAAUAGGGCUCCCUUUCCAACUACUACACUUGGGCUCCAUUCAUUUGAUUUUAUAGGGCUUGGCUACAGAGUGGAUUGGCCAGUCACUAUCGUGCUGACCUCAACUGCAUUGGGAAUAUAUGCUCAGAUAUUUACUUAUCUCAUUCAACUCAAGUUCGCUGUCCUGUCUUUGACUGAUGUGUGGUCCUCUCUGAAGGAUUUUAAGCUUGUAAUCAGUGAAGUUGGUGUGCAGCAUCAGCUGGCAAGGACCAACUUUAAUUGCAUCUUGAAAUUGAGGCAUCAGGUUAAUCAUUUUGUAUCCACAUUGCAGCAAUAUGUGCUUUCGCAGUUAUCAGAUGUAUCCUGGUGCAAAUUUUGCUUCUCCCUUAAGCACAAGGUUAAAGAUAUGAUGGAUUUAGAAUCUGUGCAUAUGGCCUACCUGACAGAUUCAUUGCGCAUAUGCUUCCUGUCUGAGGAAACUCUGUCCAUAUCGAGCAACAUUGAGAGAAUUUUGCAGUGUGCCCUAGAUUUUCGAUCAUGCCUUGUUAAAGGUUCAGGAGAUGUUGGAUGUGGAAACCAGGGUUUGAUGGACAACAUGUCACAGAUGAACGUUUCUCAGGCUCUAUCGAUAAAGAAAAUUUUUGACCAAAAUCUAAAAGAAUUGCAUUCGACUUAUCUAAAGUCUCCCAAGCAUGGGGAGUUUGGCCUUGCGCGGUUUUGGAGCUGCCUGAAUUACAACGAGUAUUACUCAGAUGCUUUUGGCAAUGAUAUGUUUUGGUACUGAUAAAGACCAUUACAUUCUCUUGGUAGAUGAGUGGCUCCAAACUCCAAAGAGCUGCCAGCCUGCCAUAUUAUUACUAGUUGGUUGUUUUGGAGGCGGAUUCUGAAAUCUGACAGUGUGGAAUGUUUCCUGUAUGGCUGCAUCUAUGACCUAGUAUCAUAUUGGGAGUCUUUUCCUGUUUGAUUGGGCAAAAUUGAGCUUUAUAUGCAAGUGUGACAUCAAGGAUUCAAACAAUCAAGCUUGAAUUGGCUCUCUGCUAUCAUCUCCAAUCGAGUGGAGAAAGAGACUUCUGUUUACCAUUUUCAGUGAUAUUAUACUAUGUCAGUUGUAAAGUCUCAGUCACUUUGAGUUGAAUGCUUUUAUUUUCUUCAUAUUUUUAUUAUUUGGAUGCAGUAUAUCGAUGUAAAUAGCCAAUUUUGUGUAGUGUAAUGUAUAUAAUUUAUGGAGUGACUUCUUUUCUCAA